CUUUGCCACUUUGUAGGGUGUAUUGAGUAGUGUCUGAUAGUGUGUGUUGUGAGUUUUUGUCAUCUUGUAUGUUACGUUAAUGUAGGAAUAUACCGCUUGUGCAAGUUUAAUAGCUUUAAGUAAUCAUCAAAGACAGAAGAACGUUCGUAUGUAUGGUAGCACCAUAACUGAUUAAUGUAAUAUUUUUGCUCACAAUCGUGUUAACUGCUCAGCUUUUGGUUAUAUUUAUAUAUAGAUGCCAUGAGUUUGGGAGACGUAAGAAGUGACUCGGAAGAAGAAGGUGAUAAGUCUAGGAGUGUCAGUCCUGACUCACAAAGAUCAGCUAGUGUAGCAAGGAGCAGAUCAAGAUCAAAAUCAAAUUCUGCCAGUCCUAAAUCUUCACCAGUCAGAUCUAAUCUAUCAUCUCCAGUACGGAAUGGAUCACCAGCUUCUGUUCAUUCCAAUGUUAGCUCCAAAAAAUCUUACUCUAGAACACCAUCGAGAUCACCAUCACCAAGUAGAUCUGUUUCACCAUCAAAUGGAAAACGGGGACGAUCUAGAUCAAGCUCUAAAUCUGGCUACAGAAGAAGCACAUCAAGAUCACGUUCGAAAUCUCGUUCUCCAGGACUUACGGAGAAAGAUGUGAGAAAUAGCUCACAAUCGCCGCAUUCCCAUCGCUCAAUAAAAUCAGGCUCAAGAUCUAGAAGCUCUUCUCGAUCUGGAUCAAGAAAAAGCUCUCACGCAGCAUCAAGAAAUAACUCACGUUCUCGAUCUAGAUCAAAUUCGGUAAAACUUGAUAACUCUUCACCUAGAGAUAUUUCACCAAAAACAAAUUUUCGAUCAUCCUCAAGGUCUCCUUCACCUCAGGCAGCUUCCAAAUCACAAUCUCGUUCGAGGUCACGUUCCCGAUCUCGGUCUGGUUCCCCGAAAGAAACUAUUCGCUCUCCUUCUCCGCCUGGUACUCCCAAAUCUUCUCACAGAUCCAGAUCCAGAUCUAGAUCGGGAUCGGCCAGAUCUAGCCCGAGAAUCAAAAGUGGCUCAAAAUCAAGAUCAAGAUCACCAUCUGGAUCAAAAAGAGGUUCUCCCUCACCUCCCGCAUCGCCAAAUCGAUCUCCAGCUACCGCCAGGCAAUCACGUUCGAGAUCAAAAUCACGCUCAAGAUCCAAAUCACGUUCUGCGAAAGGUUCUCCCGAAUCAAGGAAGAGUUCUCGUUCUAGAUCUCGUUCCAAUUCAGUAGGAAGAAAAUCUAAGUCAAGGUCUAGAUCAAGAUCUGGUUCCGGAUCUAGAAAACAAUCAAGAUCGCCCUCGGCGGAAGGAAGAGCUUUAUCACGUUCGAAGUCCAGAUCAAAAUCUAGAUCGGUAUCGGGUUCGAGAAAAAGCUCGAGAUCGCGAUCCAGAUCGCACAAAUCUGGGUCAAGGUCCAAGUCGAGAUCCGUAUCAGGAUCACGUAAAGGUUCUGUAUCUCCAGCGCGCUCGGGAAGGAAUUCACGUUCUAGAUCCCGUUCUAGCUCGCAUUCCAGUAAAUCUAAAUCGAGAUCUCGUUCCGGUUCAAGAGCAUCUCGUUCAAGAUCUCGUUCUGGGUCUAGGAAAUCUGUAUCGAGAUCGAAAUCAAGAUCACGAUCUCGUUCAAGAUCAAAGUCUGGCUCAAGAUCACGUUCAGGUUCGCGUUCAGGUUCACGUUCGAGAUCGAGGUCAGGAUCUAGAUCGAAGUCAAGGUCAAAGUCGCGAUCGAAGUCAAGAUCGAGGUCGAAAUCAAAAUCACGCUCCAGAUCGCGCUCAAGGUCAAGAUCAGGUUCAGCAGUCGGAUCUAGACACUCGUCGCGUUCAAAGUCGCGAUCUAAAUCGAGAUCUAGAUCAGGCUCCAGAUCCAGAAAAUCUAGAAGUCCCAGCAGAGAUUCGGAAGGUGCUGUCAGGAAACGAAAUAGAGUACUAUCAGAUUCUGAAGAUGAUGAAGGAAAUAAAGCGAAGAAACGGUCAAGGCAUGGAUUAUCAGAUUCGGAACGCGAGGAUCAGGAAGACGAAGACGGGAAGAAAAAAGACGAUGACGCACAUCACGAAGGAGAGGGUGAAGACAAGGAACACAAACAAUUAGAUGAUGAAGCUGGAAUCAAUGACCAGAAUGAUAAUGUAGAUUCUGAUGAUGGCAUUAUUGCUGAUGGCGGAAUGAGUAGCAGAUAUUUGGAUGAUUCGCUAUCUGAUUUCGAUCGUAUGUUAGCGCGGAAAAAAGAAGAACAAUCUCGUAGACGUAAACGCAAGGACAUCGAUAUCAUUAACGAUAACGACGACAUUAUAGCACAACUGUUAUCAGAUAUGAGAGCUGCGGCCGAUGAAGAUAGAAAAUUGAACCAGCAAAAUAAACCGGCCACAAAUAAAAUCGCCAUGUUGCCGAAAGUAUUGUCGCAAUUGAAAAAGCAUGAUUUGCAAUUGGCCUUCCUAGAACACAAUGUACUGUCCGUUCUUACAGAUUGGUUGGCACCGAUGCCUGAUCGGUCGUUACCGUCUCUCAAGAUUAGAGACAGUCUUCUAAAACUCUUAUGGGAGUUCCCAAAAAUCGAUCAAGCGUCACUGAAGCAGUCUGGUAUCGGGAAGGCUGUGAUGUAUCUCUAUAAGCAUCCAAAGGAAACAAAAGAAAACAAAGAGCGUGCUGGCAAAUUGAUCAGUGAAUGGGCUCGGCCUAUUUUUAAUUUAUCCACCGAUUUUAAAACGUUGUCUAAAGAAGAGAGAUUACAGAGGGAUUUAGAACAAAGACCUCAGAAGAAAAGAAAGGCCGAUGACGCAGGGUCUUCCCAAAAAUCGCAAGAUAUCAAUAAGGCCUUGAAGGGAGAUGCUAAACCACUAAGACCAGGAGAUCCUGGAUGGGUGGGAAGAGCUAGAGUUCCUAGGCCAUCUGACAGAGAUUAUGUAAUACGACCUGACUGGAAAACAGACGUUGAUAUUACUAGGAGCGCCAAGAAACCGAUGAGCCGAUUCGAACGACACAUGAAAAACUAUAUGGACAGCAAACGAAUGAAAUCGGCCAGAAGAGCGGUGCAUAUAUCCAUAGAAGGUCGCAAAAUGUCUUUAUAAUGAUGUUUUCCUUAUCUUAUAUCUUAUACAUAGCGAGGAGAUAUUGAUAUGACUUGUAAUAAGGUUUGUUAUUUUUCAAUUUGCAUAGAGACAAUAUAGUACAACUGAUUUGAUUCAUGUUUUUUGCUACAGUUUUACGAAUGCACAUUUACUGGAGAUAAACCAAUUCUUGUAGCAAAAAUGAUUUUUAUGAAAAAUCGGUGUUAACUAUUGAAAUUGUGUUGUAAAGAUAACAUGAUAAAGAAAU